AGCCCUGCCUCUGACGUCAGCGCGGGACUCCGCCUCGGGCCUACAGCGCGGGAAACCUGGACGGAGCCGGGAGAAGGGGAAGGAGAAGCGAGAGAGGCCUUGCCUUCGUGGGCUGAUAACAGAAAAUGCCAUCCUCACAAAAACCAAUGCGAUACGGUCACACAGAAGGCCAUACAGAGGUCUGCUUUGAUGACACUGGGAGCUACAUUGUAACCUGUGGUAGUGACGGAGAUGUCAGAAUUUGGGAAAGCCUAGAUGAUGAUGAUCCCAAGUCCAUUAACGUGGGAGAAAAAGCCUACUCAUUUGCUCUCAAGAAUGGGAAAUUGAUUACAGCAAUGUCUAACAAUGCUGUCCAGAUCCAUACAUUCCCAGAAGGUGCUCCAGAUGGUAUCCUGACACGCUUCACUACGAAUGCCAAUCAUGUGGUUUUCAAUGCUGAUGGGACUAAAGUAGCUGCUGGAUCCAGUGACUUUCUGGUGAAGAUUGUGGAGGUAGCUGACAGCAGCAAGCAGAAGACAUUUCGAGGACAUGAUGCCCCUGUUUUAAGCGUUUCGUUUGAUCCAAAGGACACUUUUCUGGCCACAGCAAGUUGUGAUGGAUCUGUCCGCGUGUGGAAUAUUUCAGAACAGACUUGUGAAACAAGCUGGCCAUUGCUACAGAAGUGUAAUGAUGUGGUGAAUGCAAAAUCAAUAUGUAGACUCUCCUGGCAACCAAAAACAGGAAAGCUGCUAGCUGUUCCAGUUGAGAAAGUCAUUAAACUGUACAAAAGAGAAACUUGGCAUCAUCAUCUGGAUCUGAAGGAUGAUUUCAUUACACAGACCCUCAAUGUUGUAGCUUGGUCUCCAUGUGGACAGUAUGUGGCAGCUGGAAGUAUCGAUGGCUGUAUAGUGAUUUGGAAGAUGGAUACCCAGGAGUGCCUAGAGAGGGUGAAACAUGAAAAGCGUUAUACCAUCUGUGGGCUGGCAUGGCACCCGAAGGGAGGUCAAAUUGCUUAUACAGACCUGGAAGGCAACCUGGGAUUAAUUGAAAGUGUCUGUGAUGUGGAUGGAAAGAAAUCACACAAAGCGGCAUCAGUUUCCACUACCAAAGACUAUGAUGAUCUUUUUGAUGAGGAUGAUAAUGAAGAUUUUCUGAAUAGAGACAUGGAUGAUGUUGACUGGGGUUCAAAACCAGUCAGAAAUGACGAAGAAGAGGACGAUGACCUUCUGAUGGCAUCAGGACGACCCAGAAACAAAGGCGCAAGAAUAGAGGAUGAUGAGAAUUCCCUAGACACUGGAGUGCUGAAAGCCGAUUCUGUCCACGAUAAAGACGAUGAUGAAGAAAGCCUAGCUCCAGUCCAGCCACUCUCUUCAACCCAGAGACCAUUCUAUGACGGACCAGUGCCAACACCUCGGCAAAAGCCAUUCCAGGCUGGUUCCACCCCAGUGCAUCUCACACAUCGCUUCAUGGUUUGGAAUUCUGUUGGUAUCAUACGCUGCUAUAAUGAUGAGGAAGAUAAUGCUAUUGAUGUUGAAUUCCACGACACUGCCAUACAUCAUGCAAUGCACUUGCCAAAUUCUUUGAACCACACGCUGGCUGACCUUUCCAGGGAAGCCAUUUUGCUAGCCUGCGAGAGCACAGAGGAGCUCCCAAGCAAGCUUCACUGCAUCCAUUUUAACUCCUGGGACUCCAACAAAGAAUGGACUGUGGACAUGCUGCAGGGCGAAGAGGUGGAAGCCAUUUGCCUGGGCCGCGGCUGGGCUGCCUGUGCCACCAGCUCCCGCCUGCUUCGCGUGUUCACCAUUGGGGGAGUCCAGAAAGAGAUUCUCAGCCUCCCCGGCCCUGUGGUGACAAUGGCAGGCCAUGGAGAGCAACUCCUGGUGAUAUUUCACAAAGGUACUGGCUUUGAAGGGGAUCAGAAUCUUGGGAUACAGCUUAUUGAAUUUGGAAGAAAAAAGAGACAAGUUUUACAUGGUGACCCGCUUCCCCUAUCUAAGAAAUCGUACGCAACAUGGUUAGGAUUUUCAGCAGAAGGCACCCCUUGUUACGUGGAUUCAGAGGGCAUUGUGCGCAUGCUGAACAGAGGGCUUGGUAAUACUUGGACUCCAGUCUGUAAUACACGGGAACAUUGUAAAGGAAAGUCAGACCACUACUGGGUUGUUGGCAUUCAUGAAAACCCUCAACAACUUAGGUGCAUUCCUUGUAAAGGAGCCCGUUUCCCCGCGACCCUUCCCCGUCCCGCGGUAGCCGUGCUGCCAUUUAAACUUCCUUUUUGCCAGACUGCGACAGAUAAGGGCCAAAUGGAGGAGGAAUUCUGGCGCUCUGUCUUGUUUCACAAUUACCUGGAUUACUUAUCCCAAAAUGGAUAUGAACACGAUGAAAGUGUCAAAGGCCACGCAGUUCAAGAACAGCAGAAUCUCUUGAUGAAAAUGUUUGCACUUUCCUGCACACUGGAACGUGAGUUUCGCUGCAUGGAGCUGGCGGAGCUCAUGACGCACAAUGCCACGAACCUAGCUAUCAAGUACGCCUCUCGCUCUCGGAGGCUGGUUCUUGCCCAGCGGCUGAGUGAACUUGCUGCAGAGAGAGCAGCAGAGCAAGCAGCUGCUGAAGAGGAGGAGGAAAAGGAGCAGCAGGACUUCAGGAACCAUCUAAAUGCUGGUUACAGUAAUACUCCCACAGAAUGGAGUCAGGCUCGUGUGAGAAAACUUCAGCGCCAGCAGAGCACAGAAAAAGAUGAAGAAAUGACAGAACAGGCCAAUGAAGACGUGCCUGUCGAGACAAAACCUAGAUCUCCCCUGCCAUGUGAAAGUGCAUCUACUCCCAAAUCUGCUGCGCCUGUGGCUGCCAACCAAGGGAGAAUCAAUCCUUUCAAAGUUUCCAGUAGCCAAAAGGAUUCACUCGGCCACUCAGCUAACAUUCUGGACAGCAUGACCAAAAUGUCUAAGAAAAAUGCCACACCGACUGGCCGAGGCGCUGCAAGCAAAGAGAAGGCUCCAGUUAUAAAGCCCUUGAUGCCUAAACCCAAAUUAAAGCAGGCUGCAGCUGCGGCAUUUUUCCAACCUCGAACACCUAGAAAUGAGAAAAAACCUGUGGAAGAGAAAGGAGAGAAAAAUGGAACUGCAGAGCCUGAAUCCAAAACUAUAACUGAAGAUAAUGACAGCAAAAGACCCAAGACCGGAUUCCAGAUGUGGCUUGAAGAGAACAGAAGCUGCAUUUUGACAGACAAUCCUCAUUUUGAAGAAACAGAGAUAAUCAAGGAAGGCAUGAGUCGGUUCAGAGCUUUGUCAGCUGAAGAAAGGAUGGUUUGGACUGAGAAAGCCAAAGGAAAAGAAGCCAGUGACCCGGCCGAAGGGAAAAAACGGAAGCGCCCGGAAGGUGUGAAUGAAAACAAGCGAGAAGAAGACCAGCUAAAAAAGCCAAACGAAGACUCGAGCUCUGCUAAAAAGUCUAAAUCCUUUCAGGAGACCACUGUCACAAGGCUAGCAGCGUUUGCGUACAAGCCAAGCUAAACCAAAUGGCCUCCUUUUUACUAACCUGUUGUGAGAACCUUCCUCCCAACAGGUAGGGAAAGACUCGUCUCCGAAGGAGAAAUGAUUCUGUGUUGACCAUCCAUGCAAAGAUGUUUGCAAGGAAACUUUUUAGCUACACACCUGAUGUGUAUAGUUUUAUCAUCAUUGCACAGGACAGUUGUACUUGUUUGCCAUUGUAGGCGAUAAGGUGUUGCCAUUUUGUGCCAAGCUACACGUAGAGUUGGCUUCAGCGAGCAAGGACUCAAUCCUCCCUGGAUAAGAUUUGGUUUGACAAUAGUGUGAUGGGUCAUUUAAAGGUAUGAUCCAUCAGAAAAGGCAAAA